AUGCCGCCGCCACCGCAACAGCCUAAGAAUCGCAGCCCUGGUCCCGCGCCGACCGGAGAGAACCGGCGGCCCCAGCGUCAGAUGGCGAGCCGGGACGCGGCGGAGCGGGCCGCGUUCUUCGCGCGGCGAGAGGCAGCAGCUGUGCUCCGGCGCGUGCUCCGCGGGGACGCCACUAGGCGCGCCGCGGGCUCCAUAAAAUCCCUUGUAUACUCCCCAACCGUCCGCAACAAGCGCGCCACCUUCGCUCUCGUCUGCCAGACCCUCAAGUAUCUACCAAUUCUUAAAGAGGUUUUAACAUCUAGUGGAAUACUGAACAGCAAAUGGAAGAAACAGAAGGAAUUGGUUUAUGUGACUACCUAUGACAUUCUCUUUGGUCAGGGAAUUGCAGUUUCUGGGUCAGUCGAGCAAUUAGUUAUGCUACAUAAAGGUUCUCUUAGGACUACUCUUGAUAAAUUUUGUGCCAGAAGGAAAGUCAGCUGUGUUGAAGACCUAUUGGGCAAUAAAACAGCCGCCAAACCAAAGCCCCGAUUUCUUCGUGUUAACACGCUCAAGAUCACUACAGAGUCUGUCAUUGAAGAAUUGAACAAAAUACACAUGGUUGACAAAGAUGAUAUGGUUCCAGACAUGUUGGUACUCCCACCUGGAACUGAUCUGCAUAACCAUCCAUUGGUUACAGAUGGGAAAGUGUUUUUGCAGGGGAGAGCUAGUUGUAUGGUAGCAGUUGCAUUGUGCCCUAAGCCAGGCUGGAAGGUUAUUGAUGCUUGUGCGGCUCCAGGGAACAAAACAGUUCACCUUGCUGCGCUCAUGAAUGGAGAGGGGAGUAUUAUAGCUUGCGAACUUAACAAAGAGAGGGCCAAGACAUUGCAACAUACUGUCAGAAGAUCUGGAGCAAAUAAUAUUCAAAUAGUUAAUGGCGACUUUCUGGAAAUAGAUACAAACGAUCCAUCAUAUGCUGAGGUCCGUGCUAUUCUAUUGGACCCCUCGUGCUCUGGUUCUGGAAUAUCUGCAGAGAGACUUGAUUAUUUGCUUCCUUCACAUUCUAGAGAUAAUCAGGAUGACGUGAGUACAAGCUCAAGGGUCAUGAAACUCUCCGCUUUCCAGAAGAAAACUCUCUCCCAUGCUCUAUCAUUUCCCUCACUGGAGAGGGUGGUCUACAGCACUUGCUCAAUCCACCAGGCAGAGAACGAGGAUGUCGUGAACUCCGUCCUGCCCUUAGCUACAUCCCUCGGAUUUGAGCUCGCCACACCGUUCCCUCAGUGGCACCGCCGCGGCCUUCCAGUUUUCCAAGGAUCUGAACAUUUGCUUCGGACGGACCCAGAGGAUGGCCUGGAGGGCUUCUUCAUUGCAUUGUUCGUCAGAAAAGAGGUGGGUGGUACUUCAGAAGAGCCUAGCGAAGAUGCCACGGUAAAAGUAAGAACGAAACAAGCGCGCCGAAGGCGAAAUGGGGUCAGGGCAUUCAGCUCCUUGAGGCUGUCCAGGAUGAUCCUCUGGUGA